GCUUCGUCGCGGGGCUGUGGCGUCAUCGCCGCGCGACGCGCCCGGCGCGGAGCUGGUGAGGGGGGGCUGCAGUGUCGCGGUCGUGCCGCAGCGCAGCAGCCGGCGCCAUGCCGGCCAAGAAGUCCUUCCGCCGGCGGAGGGAGGACUCCGAGGAGGAGGAGGAGGACGAGCAGGUCGCUGAGGAGGUCAGAUUAAAAGUUGAGGAAGCGAAAGAAGUUCAGAGCCUGAGAAAGCGACCCAAUGGGGUGAGCGCUGUAGCUCUGCUUGUGGGAGAGAAGUUGCAAGAAGAAGCAACACUUGUGGAUGACCCAUUUAAGAUAAAAUCUGGGGGAAUGGUGGACAUGAAGAAGCUGAAAGAAAGAGGCAAGGACAGGAUUAAUGAAGAGGAGGAUCUAAACUUGGGAACUUCCUUCUCAGCUGAAACCAACAGGCGGGAUGAAGAUGCUGACAUGAUGAAGUACAUUGAGACUGAGCUGAAGAAGAGAAAGGGGAUUGUGGAGAACGAGGAGCAGAAGGUGAAGCUUAAGAAUGCCGAGGACUCUCUGUACGAGCUGCCAGAGAACAUCCGUGUCUCCUCUGCCAAAAAGACUGAGGAGAUGCUGUCCAACCAGAUGCUGAGCGGCAUUCCUGAAGUGGACCUGGGAAUUGACGCGAAAAUAAAAAACAUAAUCUCAACUGAAGAGGCCAAGGCCAAGCUGCUGGCAGAGCAGCAGAACAAAAAGAAAGACAGCGAAACUUCCUUUGUUCCCACCAACAUGGCUGUUAACUAUGUCCAGCACAACAGAUUUUAUCAUGAGGAGCUAAAUGCACCAGUGCGAAGGAACAAAGAAGAGCCAAAGCCCCGUCCACUGAGAGUGGGGGAUACAGAGAGGCCAGAACCUGAGCGGUCUCCUCCAAAUCGCAAACGUCCACUCAAUGAAAAAGCAACAGAUGAUUAUCACUAUGAGAAAUUCAAGAAGAUGAAUAGGCGAUACUGAUGAACGGAGACCGAAGUCUUUGCAGUUGUUCUUAUUUUCCACUAAUAAAGGAUUUUGUGUCAAUGACCCGAAA